AUGUCAUUGUCACAAACAAACUUUCAAAAGUUGCCAGAAAAGAUUCAUUUGGUAAAGGAGAAUGGAGAGCAACUAUUACAUAGACUGUACAAUACAAGAGUGUUUUUGACAUCGGCCAAGACUAGACCAUUGUUCUUGUCGGAUGAAAAGAUUGGACGUGCCAUCAAGAAUUUGAUGGCCAAGUUCCCCGACUUUCCCGAGCUCGACAAGGUGCAGGGUGUGGAGCUGCUGACAUCGCGUGCCAAGCAGUAUGUCGAGGACUUGGAGCCACACUAUGAUACAUUGGUCGACUGCUGCGACUGGCGUGACGCCUGUUUCUCGCUGCUGCAAGAGAUUAGCGGCACGACGGCAUCGAUCAAGUUUACUAACUCGAUCCAGUUGGCUGCCGCAUUUAUGGACCUCGUCGUACUCUACGUCAAGAUCCACGUGCUCAUUGGUAUGAUUGGCGACCGUCGUACAGUGCUCGGCGUGUUUGCUCGUCUCUUUCAACACAUCCGAUCGGCCGUCGAGCCAAACUACCAACGCACAGUGCGUUGGGUGCACGACUUUUCCGACGCACCCAUCAAAAAGUUGCAAGACGAGUUCCGUGCCAUCAACGACACCAUCGGUCACAUCUUGGCAUCGGUUGCCGAGUCGUACGCCAAACGCAAAUUCAUCACACAGUUGCGUCGUGACGGUGCACUCAACCUUAUCCUCAAACCAGAGGAUAUCGCCCGUCCCAUCCAAGACCAGUAUCGUACCGACCUGGCCUACGGUGCCCGUAUGAACCAGUGGAUCUUGUUUGGCGCACUCUGCGCACCCGGCACACUCGGCACUCCCUCGGCCAUCGAGCUCGUCAAGUUUGCCUUGUCCGAGGGCUUCCACUUGCCCAUCUUCAAGGACAUCUCGUUCCCCAUCCACUCAGAGUUCUCGUCGCUCUUUAAAAACUACAAGAGCAAGACUAUCCAGUUGCAAAAGCAACGCAAGGUCAUCAAAGAGGCUACCCAAGCCUCGUGCACUGAUGCUCCACGCAAACACUAUGAAAAACGUAUCUAUGUGCGUCAAGAGCUCGAAGCCAUGUACAACUUGUUCCGUGACCGUCCCUGUCUCUUGGCACCCAAGUUUAACGUCCUCCUCGCCGCUCUCUCGAUGGCCAAGGACGAAAUCUUUUGGUAUUUCCGUCACCAUGAAUCAACCCCUCCAGAAAAGGUUAAAAAGUAUUACAACAAACAAAAUGAUAUUCGUGACAAACGUAUUAGUUCUUUAUUAUAUUUUAUUGAUAAAUUAAUUGGACUAGUUUAUCAAAAUAAGCAAAUAAUCCAAAAUUAUUAUGUUGAAUAUAUAAUUGGAGCAGAUUUAUUAGGAUUGACCAAGAUUUUAACACCACAUGUAUUGCAGACAGCAGGUACAACAGUGACACAAACCAUCAAUACAAUUGUAUCGGAAUUGAAACAGAUUCAAGGAGGUAUGAUUGAUUACAACUUUUCGGCGUUGCGUGACAAUUGGAUGAGAUUAGAGUAUUUGUUGUACAGUAGUUCAUGUUCACUCAAGGAAUCAGACUCUCAACACAUAUCUUCACGUCUCAAUCUUGUGUUUAUCCAUUCGCUCAACGUCGACUCUAUCGACCAACAAUUGGAAGAGUACUCGCAAUUGGCCGGUUUGUGGUCGUUCAAGGAUGGUUUGUUGACUGCAUUUGACCAAGCUAUUAUGGAGGGUGCUGACCAACCCACACAAGCCAUGAUCUUCCUCCGUCUGCUCUCUCAAUUCCCCAACACCGUGCCAACACAGUUCUUCCCCGAGGAGAAGGAGUUUAUCGGCAAGGAGUGUGCCGAUCUCGCCAAUGGCGCACUCAACAAGAUUGCAAACCGCAUUGUGCAGAUUUUGAGCUCGGCCGUCAUCCAGCAGUUCCAAGCCAACGAGAACCAACUGGCCGACGUCAACGCUGCAUUCCCACUGCUUCAAAAGCGCAAGGACUGGCGUCCACCCAAGGACUUUGUGACACCGGUCGAGCCAGGCUCCGAGAGUCAUUUCAAGGGACGUGCCAAUCUCGAGCAGUUGCGUAUGUACCAAAAGAAUGCAUUCCAGUUGUGCACGGCACUCAACGAGUUUAUGGAGAUUAGUGUACACGACCAUGUGUUUGUGCCACGCGAGUUUUUGCGUGAGCGUAUGACCGCUACUCUCAAGCAGUAUAUGCGUCAAACUGCAUUGCCCACCUCGCCAGCCGACCCCACCACACUCAUCCGUCCAUCGUCCUACGAGACACAGUUACACGUAUUCCUCGGUGUCUUGCAAAUGGUCGAAAACUAUGUCGAGAUUGAUGUUGGUGAUUUGAUCCGUGAGACUAUGCUCACAGAGUUUUACGCCAAGGUGCUUGGCAAGUGCGGACGUAUCGACUGGUUCCCAGAAGGUGAAAUCGAGUACAGCGACGCUACUCUCCACUCGUUUACCAACUACUACACUGACUUUGUUGCCAAAAAGUUGCAUGUUGCUGCUAACCAACCGCUUGGAAACGGUGUAGUCUACUCGCCCGCUCGUCUCGGAUACCUCUCCAAGACAGGCUUGCCGUUCCGUGCUGAAGACCAUACCGACCUCGUCGAGACAGAAGCCAUGGUACGUCUCAUCGGGCCAUACGGUGUCAAGUUGAUCGAACGUGAGCUGCUCCGUACCGUCCUCGGACACGUCACAGCCAUCAAGGACAUCUUGUCGGCCAAUAUGGCACAAUUGGAGGAAUACCAACAGUCAUUCUACAAGAGCAAAUGGCAAGACGUCCUCAAAAAGUUCAAGACUAUCGAUUUGGACAACUUUGUCUCGAGAUCGAUUGCUGUCGGCAAUGCAUUGCAAUUGCGUGCCAUGUUGCGUGACGCUAUCCGCACCACCUCACAACAAGAAAUCCCUUAUAUUGCCGGCGCGGUCGAUACAGCCUUUGCAGAGUACAACAAAAACACAUUCAUGUUCCCCGAGUUCCUCGGAGUUGACACGAUCGCUUUGGACGCUGGUCUCGAUGUAGGUGUGGCCGAUCAAUACCUCAAACUGUUUUUGCGAAAGAUUUCAACCGAAGCUGACAAGAAGUUGUGGGAGAUGUUACCCAUCAUGUACGCCGUCUCGUUCCAAUCGACCUUUUGGAAAGAAGCUACCUACCGUCCAUCACUCGAAGCAUACACCAACAAUAUCAAUGUCUUGUCGCGUUGCAUAAACGACCUAUUGAUUGCAUUUGGCGCCAUCAACAGCACCACUGGCAAUGAAGCAGAGAUUGUAGUCUCGUUGCAAAAGUUUGUCGAGAUUAGUGCCGUCCUCAUCAUGCGUUUGUUCAGAGGCAAGGUUGAAAAGACACCCAAUGAUUUGCCAUCGGUCGUUGUCUUUUUGGACAAGUUUGUUCAAGACUCUCCUCUCAUCUCCAAGGACGUCUUGGAACAAUUCCUUCCCUAUGCUCUCAUCAGAAAUAUGUAUAGAGAAAUUUAUGAAAUCAAAAAUUUGGCUAAAUCACCUGAAGGUCAAACUGAACAAACCUUCUAA